AUGACAAUGAAGCUUAAAGACAAGCAUACAGGAAUUCGGAGCCUUCUGGAAGAGGGUCAGCAAUAUCUGGGUAAGAAGUAUCAAGCCAAUGGGAAACCAGUGGCAAAUGGGAGAGAUGAAGUCUCCGUAAAGCAGGAGGCAAAUGGGAAGUGUGGCAUGCAAAAAAGUCUCAACGUGUACAGCUGGCAGGAGAUCCAGAAACACAAUCAAGAGACUGAUCAGUGGUUGGUGAUCAAUUGCAAGGUCUACGACGUUACUAGCUGGGCCAACAGGCAUCCAGGGGGGAGACGAAUCCUCAACCACUAUGCUGGGGAAGACGCCACGGAUGUAUUCAGAGCCAUGCACCUGGACCUUGACUUUGUAAAAUUGUACCUUAAACCACUUCUCAUUGGAGAGCUUGCCCCAGAAGAGCCCAGCCAGGAGAGAAACAAAAGUCCCCAGUUGGUGAAAGAUUUCCAAGAACUGCGGAGAACAUUAGAGGCCAUGAACAUGUUCACUGCCAACCCAGUGUUCUUCUUCCUUCACUUCAUCCAGAUCUUGAUUUUAGAAAUACUGACUUGGUUAAUGGUGUGGUAUUUUGGCACCGGCUGGAUUGUGACAAUAUUCAAUUCCUUCCUUCUCACAAUUUCCCAGCUUCAAUCUUCAUUUCUGCAGCAUGACUUGGGACACCUUUCCAUAUUUACAAAGUCCAAGUGGAACCAUCUGAUGCAAGAAAUUAUGAUGAGUCAUUUCAAGGGCUUGUCAACAACCUGGUGGAAUAACCGACACUUGCAACAUCACGUAAAAACAAACGUUUACCCCAAAGACCCAGAUAUUGAUAUGGGUGCAUUGUUCCUGCUUGGAGAAUUGCAACCUGUCAAGUAUGGCAAGAUGAAAAUCAAAUAUAUCAACUAUGAAAAGCAGCACCUGUAUUUCUACAUACUGGGGCUACCCCUCCUCAUGCCGGUAUAUUUCAAUCUGGAAUCCAUCCAACUGAUGUGUUUCCGAAGAUGUUGGAGGGACAUUGCCUGGGUCAGCAGCUUUUACAUCCGCCAUUUCAUCACAUUUGGUCCUUUCUAUGGAAUCUUUGGAACCAUAUUGCUCAUAUAUUUCAUCAAGUUUAUUGAAAGUCCUUGGAUAACAUUUGUUACCCAGAUGAGCCACAUACCAAUGAAAAUGAGCAAAGAAGAGAACCGGGACUGGCUCAGCACUCAGGUCUUGGCCACCUGUAAUGUUGAACAGUCUUUUUUCAAUGAUUGGUCCACGGGGCACCUGAACUUCCAGAUCGAGCACCAUCUGUUUCCCACAAUGCCACGCCAUAAUUAUCACAAGGUGGAACCCUUGGUGAGGGCACUGUGUGCCCAGCAUGGACUGCAGUAUGAGAAAAAGCCCAUGUUUGAAGCAUUUGGAGAUAUUGCCAGGGCCUUGAAGAAAUCUGCAGCCCUCUGGAUGGAUGCUUACUACGAAACAGGAAGCAGAGUGUCAACCUCGACACACAUGUAG